AUGGCGUCCGAGGAACCUGCAGCAGCAGCAACCAGCAGCUCAGCUGUCCCAGACUCGACACCGGCUCCAGCAGCUCCAGCCCAAGAACCACCAGCACAGGGCUCAACGCCGGCAGAGACGCCGGCAGAAUCUUCGGCCGAUGCUUCGGCCCCGGCUAAGGCCCCAGUCAAGAAGACAGUCAGGAAAGCCGGCGCGAAGAACUACAGCACCGACCCGGCCCUGUACAUCUACACCUCCCUGACCGCCGGGAACAGGCACAUCAUCACAGCCACCUCGCGCCUCGAGACCAUCCUGCGCGCCAACCGCGUGCCCUUCAAGGCCAUCGACGUCGCCACCGAUGAGAAGGCGCGCAUGCUCUGGGGCCGCCGCGCAGGCAAGGCCGCCGACGGCCGGCCGCGGAAGCUGCCGGGGCUCGUGCAGACGGGCAUCGUGCUCGGCGACAUUGUCGAGAUCGAGGAGUGGAACGAGUACGGCGAGCUGAAGCAGCACGUCAAGAUCUACUACGACGAGUUCACCCAGCCCAAGAAGGGCGCCGUCGCCCCCGUGCCCAAGUACAAGCAGCCCGAGGACAAGACGCCCUACCCGCCCGCCAUGCUUAACCCACCGCCGCCCCCCGAGCGGGUCAAGAGUCCCGCGGAGCAGAACGCGAACAAGAUCGCCCAGGCCGUCAAGAACUCGUCCAACAACAAUACGGUAAAGGCCGCCACGAGGAGCGUCGCGGAGGAGGCGGCACAGAAGGCCAAGGAGACCGCGCAGAAGGCGAAGAAGGCCAAGCUGGAGGCGCUCAGGGAGAAGGUCCACGGCAAGAAGGCGGAGGCAGGCGGCGAGGAAGGGGAGGCGACCAAGGACGAGCAGGCCGCCGCAUCUCCCAGCACAGCGACCGGGGCGUCCGCAGAUCCCCCGACAAAGGAGAUGUCGCAGCUGUCCGUCGCGGCGUCCGCAUCGUCGUCCGCCACCGGCGCAGGCCUGCAGUCGCCCACCAGCGGCGCGUGGAAGAACAGCGGGGACGCAAGCCUGGGCGCGGCGCUGCACACGGUGCAGAGCCCUACGACGGCGACGUGGAAGGCGCCGGCGGAGGAGACGUUCGCGGGCGCCAGGGUGGAGAGUGCGAGCGCUGAGGAGAUCGAGAGAAUCGAGAACCGGGAGGCUAUUAAGGAGGAGCCUGAGCCGGAGGAGGACGCUGUAGCGGACCCGGCUGGUGAGGUCGAAAAGGAGGAGGUGGCGGAGGGAAGCAAGGCAUGA